UUGGGCUUUAGGGAUUAGGGUUCAUUUGUUUCUCAUUCUUUCUCUCAGCCGCACCUCUCAAUCUCCGCAAUCACACAAUUUUAUGUGUGUUUGUGCCACAUGCUUCAAAGUUAUGAUUUGUGUGAUUGAUAUCGAUUUCAAUAAUUACCUGCGUUUGUAGAAACUCUCAGAAGAAGAAAUGGCUACCAUAGAUAAAGUCUGCAAGGAAGAAGCCAAUUCAUUUAUCCUGUUCGAUCCUGACAUUAUCAAAGGUCUUUUUCGGCGGGGAUUAAUAUACUUUGAUGUUCCAGUUUAUUCUGAUGACCGCUUUAAAGUUUCCAGGCUUGAAGGGUUUGUUUCCAACAGAGAGCAGUCUUAUGAAGAUCCUAUAGAGGAGUUACUGUAUGCAGUAUUUGUUGUUUCAAGUGAGAAUGCAACUGUUGCUGAGCUGGCAGCAACGUUACAGGCUGACCUUUCACAACUGCAGGCAGCUGCAUCUUUUGCAUGUCGAUUGGGUUGGGCAGUGAAAGUCAUUGAUCCAGCAUCUAUUCUUCAAGAUUCAAGUCAUUGGGUAGUUACUCUUUUUGUGUAAAUAAAAUAAAUGGCUUUAAAUGCCUAUAAUCAGAUAUAAAAGGAAACGUCCCCUGAAGACCAGGGGACGUAUAACUGACUAAAUAAUAUCCCACAAAUCUAGGGGAUUUACAGUAAUAAAUGAGGAUUACAUCUCGUAUGGACAACA